AGACACUAAGGACCUUCACGUUUCGCUGAUGUAGUUUUUGGAGGAAAAAGGGGGGGAGUGAAGGGCGUCGGUUUUUUUUUUUCCUCUUUCUUUUUUUUUUUUUUUGUGUGUGCGUGUGUUUCGGGGGAAAUUUUCCAUUAUGAGUGUUUUACUAAAGUGAAUUUUUUUGUUGUUGUUGUUUGCUUCGUUCGUCUUGGGCUCCUUUUUUUUUUUUUUUCUCCUUCCCAAUUUCGGAUUUAUUUCAAGGCGAAUCGGGCUUUGGGGGAAGAGGAAGAAAAGUCGGAUUACAAGAUCUACCACCACCACCACCAACAAUAAAAACCACCAGGAUAUUUUUUUGCAAAUUUCUGACGGCUUUAAAUUCAUGAAGCAAUUGUCCUCUUUUGCAACCAGCGUUUGGAUCUCAGAAUGAGCAAGGAAAGACCCAAGAGGAAUAUCAUUCAGAAGAAAUACGAUGACAGUGAUGGGAUUCCGUGGUCAGAAGAAAGGGUGGUCCGUAAAGUCCUUUACUUGUCUCUGAAGGAGUUCAAGAAUGCCCAAAAGAGGCAGCACGGCGAAGGCCUUCCUGGGAGCCUGAAAGCAGUGAACGGGCUCCUUGGUAAUGGCCAGUCUAAGGGAUUAGGACCAGCAUCAGAACAGUCAGAGAAUGAGAAGGACGAUGCAUCCCAAGUGUCCUCUACUAGCAACGAUGUUAGUUCUUCAGAUUUUGAAGAAGGGCCGUCGAGGAAAAGGCCCAGGCUGCAAGCACAAAGGAAGUUUGCUCAAUCCCAGCCGAACAGUCCCAGCACAACUCCAGUCAAGAUAGUGGAGCCAUUGCUGCCCCCGCCAGCUACGCAAAUUUCUGACCUCUCCAAAAGGAAGCCUAAGACAGAAGACUUUCUCACCUUUCUCUGCCUUCGAGGUUCUCCCGCGCUGCCCAACAGCAUGGUCUAUUUCGGAAGCUCUCAGGAUGAGGAGGAUGUCGAGGAGGAAGAUGAUGAGACGGAAGACGUCAAAACUGCCACCAACAAUGCUUCAUCUUCAUGCCAGUCAACCCCCAGGAAAGGAAAAACCCACAAACAUGUUCACAAUGGGCAUGUGUUCAAUGGUUCCAGCAGAUCAUCGCGGGAGAAGGAACCUGUUCAGAAACACAAGAGCAAGGAGGCCACUCCCGGGAAGGAGAAGCACAGUGACCAGCGGGCUGACGGCCGGAGGGAGCAGGCUCCCGCCCACCACCCCCCAGCGGCGCCCUCCACGGGCUCCUUGGCCAAGGGGCCCGCUGCUAACCACCACCACCCCCCUCUGCACCGGUCGGCUCAGGACUUACGGAAACAGGUCUCUAAGGUAAACGGAGUCACUCGAAUGUCAUCUCUGGGUACAAACGCAACCAGUGCCAAAAAGAUACGCGAAGUCAGACCUUCACCGUCCAAAACUGUGAAGUACACGGCCACGGUGACCAAGGGGACUGUCACAUACACCAAAGCCAAGAGAGAACUGGUCAAGGAAACCAAACCCACUCACCACAAGCCCAGUUCCGCUGUCAACCACACAAUCUCAGGGAAAACUGAAAGUAGCAAUGCAAAAACCCGAAAACAGGUGCUAUCCCUCGGGGGGGCGUCCAAGGCCGCCGGGCCCGCCGUCAACGGCCUCAAGGUCAGCGGCAGGUUGAACCCAAAGUCAUGCACUAAGGAGGUGGGGGGGCGGCAGCUGCGGGAGGGGCUGCGCAAUUCCAAGCGGAGACUGGAAGAGGCCCAGCAGCAGGCCGAGAAGCCGCAGUCGCCCCCCAAGAAGAUGAAAGGGGCGGCCAGCCCCGCCGAAGCCCCUGGCAGGAAGGCGGCGGCUCCGGCGGCGGCGGCAGCGGCAGCCUCGGCGGCAUCCUCGGCGGCGGCGGCCCCAGCCCCGGAGAAAACCCCCCUGAGCGGCCAUGGGAAGAAGGAAGCGGCUGAGCGGAGCUCGGAACGGAGCCGGCCCAAGCGGGCCACGGCCACGGCCGCCAAGAGCACGGCCGGCAGACAAGCACACGGGCCGGCGGCCGGCGCCCCCUGUGAAAAUCGUUCUACCUCGCAACCGGAGCCCUUGCACAAGCCGCACGAGGCGCCGGCCAAGACCGAGAAGGCGGGCGGCCGGGCGGGCUGGGCGCCCAUGGCCGAGAUCCCCGUGCUGCGGCCCUCGGCCAAGGAGUUCCACGACCCCCUCGUCUACAUCGAGUCGGUGCGCGCUCAGGUGGAGAAGUUCGGCAUGUGCAGGGUGAUCCCGCCGCCCGACUGGCGCCCCGAGUGCAAGCUCAACGACGAGAUGCGCUUCGUCACGCAGAUCCAGCACAUCCACAAGCUGGGCCGGCGCUGGGGCCCCAACGUGCAGCGGCUGGCCUGCAUCAAGAAGCACCUCAGAUCUCAGGGCAUCACCAUGGACGAGCUCCCGCUCAUCGGAGGAUGUGAGCUCGACCUGGCCUGCUUUUUCCGGCUGAUCAACGAGAUGGGCGGCAUGCAGCAGGUGACGGACCUCAAGAAGUGGAACAAGCUGGCCGACAUGCUGCGCAUCCCGCGCACGGCCCAGGACCGCCUGGCCAAGCUGCAGGAGGCCUACUGCCAGUACCUGCUCUCCUACGACUCGCUGUCCCCCGAGGAGCACCGGCGGCUCGAGAAGGAGGUGCUCCUGGAGAAGGAGAGCCUGGAGCGGCGGAAGGGGCCCCUGGAGGGCCACACGGAGCACGACCCCCACCAGUUCCACCCGCUGCCCCGCUUCGAGCCCAAGAAUGGGCUCAUCCACGGCGUGGCGCCCCGCAACGGCUUCCGCAGCAAGCCCAAGGGGGCGGGGCAGGCCCCGCCGAAGACGGGCCGCCGGCGACUCUUUGCUCAGGAAAAGGAGGUGGUGAAGGAGGAGGAGGAGGACAAGGGCGUCCUCAGCGACUUCCACAAGUGUAUAUAUAAGGGAAGGUCGGUUUCUUUAACGACUUUUUAUCGAACGGCAAGAAAUAUCAUGAACAUGUGCUUCAGCAAGGAGCCCGCGCCGGCUGAAAUCGAGCAAGAGUACUGGCGACUGGUGGAGGAGAAGGACUGCCACGUGGCCGUGCACUGCGGCAAGGUGGACACCAACACGCACGGCAGCGGCUUCCCGGUGGGGAAAUCUGAGCCGUUUUCCAGGCAUGGCUGGAACCUCACCGUCCUCCCCAACAACACAGGGUCCAUCCUGCGUCACCUCGGUGCUGUGCCUGGAGUGACUAUUCCCUGGCUCAAUAUUGGCAUGGUCUUUUCUACCUCAUGCUGGUCUCGGGACCAAAACCACCUACCCUACAUCGACUACUUACACACUGGUGCUGACUGCAUUUGGUAUUGCAUUCCUGCUGAGGAGGAGAACAAGCUGGAGGACGUCGUGCACACGCUGCUGCAGGCCAACGGCACGCCCGGGCUGCAGAUGCUGGAGAGCAACGUGAUGAUCUCCCCGGAGGUGCUGUGUAAGGAGGGGAUCAAGGUGCACAGGACCGUGCAGCAGAGCGGUCAGUUCGUCGUCUGCUUCCCGGGCUCCUUCGUGUCCAAAGUGUGCUGCGGCUACAGUGUCUCCGAGACCGUGCACUUUGCCACCACCCAGUGGACAAGCAUGGGCUUCGAGACGGCCAAGGAAAUGAAGCGGCGACACAUCGCCAAGCCCUUCUCCAUGGAGAAGCUGCUCUACCAGAUCGCCCAGGCGGAGGCCAAGAAGGAGAACGGCCCCACCCUCAGCACCAUCUCGGCCCUUCUGGACGAGCUCAGGGAUACGGAGCUCCGGCAGCGGAGGCAGCUGUUCGAGGCCGGCCUCCACUCCUCCGCACGCUAUGGCAGCCACGACGGCUCGGGCGCCGGCGCUGACGGCAAGAAAAAGCCUCGAAAGUGGCUGCAGCUGGAGACGUCGGAGCGCAGGUGCCAGGUGUGCCAGCACCUGUGCUACCUGUCCAUGGUGGUGCAGGAGAACGAGAACGUGGUGUUCUGCUUGGAGUGCGCGCUGCGGCACGUGGAGAAGCAGAAGUCGUGCCGCGGGCUGAAGCUGAUGUACCGCUACGACGAGGAGCAGAUCAUCAGCCUGGUCAACCAGAUCUGCGGCAAGGUCUCCGGGAAGAACGGCAGCGUCGAGAGCUGUCUCAGCAAACCCACACCAAAAAGAGGGCCCCGCAAGAGAGCCACCGUGGACGUGCCGCCCUCCCGGCUCGCCGCCCCCGCCUCCGCCCGAAGUGCUUCGAGCUCGUCAUGAAGACCCCAGCCCCGUGCCGACGGAUAGCUAUUUUUUUGUAAUUAUUCUAUUCUAGUUUGGAGUACUUGCGUAGGGUACAAGCUGUCUUUGCACUAGCUCUAAAGAAGAUUUUCUUCUGGUUUUAGAGAACUAAUUUUGUUUUAGCAUUAAACUGUUGACCUUUUUUUUUCUUUCUUUCUUUUUUUUUUUUUUGUACUUAGAAAUACCUAGAUUCCGCAGUCAGAUUUUGGAAACUGCCGUAAUAUCCACUGUUUUAAAACCCUUGGAAGGGGCUGUAUUAAUUUGUAUUGGCCUCUUUGGCCGACAAAAAAAGCCUUUUUGUUUCUUUGGUUUUCGGGUGUUUUGUUUUGUUUUUUAAAACUGUUCUGGGGGGAAAAGGCUUUUUUAACCCAUUUUUUGAAGAGGGUGAAGUUUGGAGAUCCAAGUUGCAAACCAGUUCUAUGAGCAGACAUUUUUCUAGAGGAAAAGGGAUAGGAGAGACAGACACACACACACAUAAAACUUGAAAAAGAAAAGGCUUCGCUCUGUCUUUCCUCUGCCGCGUGCAAGGGGGGGGACUUGUCCUUGGAGAACACAAGAAGCCCGUCCUGCGUGGGUGGGCGGUCCUGGCCGCGGGGGGUGCCCACCCGCACGCCGCCAGGCAUCCCUGAGGACGAGGGGUCUCGCGAGGGAGCGUGUGCCUGAUUUCAUUAGGAAAUCCAUUCUGUUCUUUUAUUUUUUUGGUGCUGUUGGGCUAUUUUAUUAAAAAAAAAAAAACACAAAAAAAUACCACCUCUCCCUCCCCUACCUCCCCAAACAAAACCUUUCAGUAGCAUCCUUGAGAAUAAAGAAAAAGGAAAAAAAAAACGCCCAUGGUUGAAGCCGGCCGUGCUUCUGUCGUAGAUGUGCAAUCUCCGUGACAUUCCGCCUCCCCCCCAACCCCCCCAUGGCAGCAUUAACCUUUCCUUUGUGAUCCCCAGGAUGUCUGCAGUUCUUUCUUCUUCUUUUUUUUUUUGAAUGUGAAAAUGCAUUUGCGCUCAUCUUGUCUAUUUUUUCUCUUCAUGUUGUAACAAAGAAAAAAAAAAGGAAAAAAAAAGAUUCCCAUUCCCCCUUUUGUACAUACGCUGUAAAUGGUUUUAAAUACUUGAGCCUUUU